AUGGCCUGUAGACCACAAGACGUUUUCUCUUUCAAAGACUCAGAACAUCCCUCCCACCUGCUAGCCCAGCUUAACAUCCUUCGACAAGAGCGUAUCCUGACAGAUGUCCUGCUCUGCACGGAGCACCAGGAGAUCCCCUGCCACAGGAACGUCCUGGUGUCCAGCAGCCCAUAUUUCCGUGCCAUGUUCUGCAGCAACUUUCUGGAGAGCAGUCAGGCCCGAGUGAAUCUGAAGGGAAUCUCUUCAAAUGUCCUCAGUGGCAUCAUGGACUAUGUCUACACAGGCUGUAUCACUAUCACAAUGGAGAUUGUGCUUCCGCUCAUGCAGGCUGCUUCCAUGCUGCAGUAUGGAGGUCUUUUUGAGGCCUGUUCCAUGUUCCUCCAGGAGCAGCUAAGUCCAGAAAACUGUCUGAGCAUGAUACGACUCUCUGAGAUCCUUCACUGUGAGAGUUUGGGGGAGAGGGCAAAGGAGAUGGCUGUGAGGUGUUUCUCUGAUGUAGCUGCCACAGAGGACUUCUGUGAGUUGUCCCUUCCUGAGCUCAUGUGUUACCUAGAAGAUGACCGGCUUUGUGCCGAGGAGGAGCAAGUGUUUGAGACCCUCCUUGCAUGGAUCCACCAUGAUCCAUUCUCACGACGCGGUGCAAUCCAUGAUCUCUUCAAGAAAGUCCGUCUUCGCUACAUCCAUCCAACUUAUCUCUUCCAGUUUAUUGCCAAUGAUCCACUGGUGCAGUCCUCCACACUGUGUACUGAGAUAAUCGAGUCAGUGCGUCGCCUCAUGCUUACGGUCAGCACCAAGUGUAGCAGAGAGCUCAAGCCACUUUGGACCACACCUCGACGUUACACCUGCAGAGAAACACUGGUGGUGGUUGGAGGACGCAAAAACAAUGAACAGACCUCACGAGAAGCCCUCCUGUAUGAUGAAAGGACUCAUCGUUGGCAGUGGUUGGCUAAGCUCCCUCUGCGCCUCUACAAAGCUGCAUAUGUGUGUAUUCAUAGCAUCCUUUAUGUUGUUGGUGGGCUCAGCCUCUGCAUGACAUCAGGUGAGAGCUCAGUGAGCGCAACAGUUUACACGCUCUCCCUGAAGACCAACCAGUGGCGGACUGCUGAGCCCAUGUUGGAGCCACGAUACGCACACCAAAGUGUGUCCUAUCUGCACUUUAUUUUUGUGUUAGGAGGCAUUGGGGUUGACAAGAGAAUCUCCCAGUCAGUAGAGAGAUAUAACAGUAUGUUUAAUCAAUGGGAAGCAAUGGCACCAAUGCCCACAGCAGUGCUGCAUCCAGCUGUGGCAGCAAGUGAUCAGAGGAUCUAUGUUUUCGGAGGGGAGGACGCCAUGCAGAAUCCAGUCAGGCUUAUUCAGGUGUACCACAUCUCACGCAACUUGUGGUCCAGGCUAGAGACUAGGACAGUGAAAAACGUUUGUGCUCCCGCUGCUGUCAUUGAAGACAAGAUCUACAUUGUAGGAGGAUACACCAGGCGAAUGAUCGCCUACGACACCAAGGCCAACAAAUUUGUCAAGUGUGAGAACCUAAAGGAGCGGCGGAUGCAUCACAGCGCUACAGUGAUCAACAGCAAGCUCUAUGUCACCGGUGGACGCAUCCUCAAUGGUCACGAUGUCAUCGAGGACUCAGAUUGCUUCGAAUGUUAUGACCCAAAGACAGAUGUUUGGACCUCGAAAGGUUCUUUGCCAUACAAGCUAUUUGACCACGGCUCCUUGCCAUUGGUCUGUGUUUCCAAUAGACCCAACCCACCAUGACCCACCAUCCAACCAGCCUCUUGGGCGAACUCUUUACUACAUGUUCUUCAUCUCCCCUUUGCCAUGAUUUAUUGGCCUCUAAUCUAAUUACACAAAUGUGAAACCAUUUUGAACUGCCUGCAUUCCUUCACGCAGCUCAGUCUCUGCCACAACUUAGCGGCAUGUUAGGCCAGGCUGACUUUCAUCCCAAUCAAAGGAGAGCUCAGCUGACAAGCAGAGGUGUUAUGUCUAAAGCAUCUCUGGGGUGGAAGUGAACUGAGAACCCAAGAGAUGACGAGAGGCAGGAAAACACUUACACAACAAGCAGCUGUUCAGACACAUAUGUAAUCGAAAAAGCUCUUUCGCUCUUUCCGUAGAUGGCUGCACUUGCUUGAUGGUACCCAAAAGUGUUAAUGCUUUAAUUUCCUAGACAUUUAUACACUGCACAUUAUUGCCUGGCAGCUGUAGCUGAUUUCCCUCUAACAGUUAAAUACAUAGGAAAUUAUGUAUCUAUCUGCUUUUUUGUCUGAGCUCUGCUUUCUGGUGGAACUGAAAAUGACAGAGCAGAGAGCAAAUUUGCACUUUUUAGAGAAUACAUUCCUCCUUGGCCUACAUGUUUCUAUCGGUGUGCACUUCCUAAUGAGAAGAAUUGUGACAGAACGUGCAAAGUCCAGUCGUCUAUCAAGUGCUGAUGAAAAGCACAAUUUUACUUAACAGAAAAGAUCUGGGCCAACUUUAAUCUAGUUUGGUUGGAUUAAUUCAUGACUUUAUGAACAUUUUUUUGCAAUUCCCCAUAAAGCAUGUUCUGUAUUGAUUCAUGAAUAUUUAUAUGUGCAACAUGCUGUAUAUAGUGUAUUUAACUUAAUAAAAAGAUGUGAUGGUUUAGAUAAGUACAAUUGCCGAAAACACAAAGAUCUGAGUGGGUUAGGUGGUAUUUUACUUUUAAUUUCACAAUAUACAAUACCUAGAUAAACAAAAUGGCUUCACAGGCAGCUAUGUUGAUGUAAAGACAUGUGACAAUGAUGCCUUUGAGGGAAAGUGCUUGGUAGGGAUGUAGUGACCUAGUAAGAGCAACAGUGACUGGAAAUAGUGACAUGGGGAUGUUCAGGGUUUGCAGCCUACUGCUGGGUAUGUAUACAUGUAAUCUGCAUCAAAGAAAGAUGUCAGAGAACGUGGAGCCUGUUUUGCCACCACUGCAGUUGCUUCUCUCUCAGCUCUGUCACACUCUUGAUCUUUUAUGAACAUAGAGACACUAUUGUUCUCUAGUUCUAGUUAAUUUCUAUGGAAACCCUGUUAUCACCCCACUGGAUCAUCCGUGCCGUGCAUCCCUGUGAAUAUUUCUAUUUAAGUGGUUCAUGUAAGCGUGAUGUAAAAUGUCUCAGCUGCUACAAUUUCUCAUCUCACAUUUUUUUCUUGAAAUUAUUUUAAUUCCUACUGUACAAUAUUCUUAGACUGGAUAUUGAUUUCCCCAUUUCUGACUUUGUUUAUAAAGGAACGUUGUUAUUUAUGUAUAGCUCUGUCACUGUUAAUGAUGUUUACCUUUGCACAUGAGAACAAAUACAGAAUCUGUUUGGG